AUGGCAGCAAACCUUAUAGGUGCAGUAAUAGUUGGAAUAUCAAUCACGUUAACAUCACAUUCAUAUCUUCGCUUAAAGCUAUUAAAAACAAAUGGUCACGAAAUAAUGCUAUUAAACAUUGCAAACAUUUUCACACUCGCGAACGAAAUAGCAAUUCUAACACUAUGCUACGCGAGUCAAGGAUUUCUCAGUUCGGAAAUGGUCCCAUGUCUAAGUUUUUUAUCGAAUCUCGCCUACUGUAUUACAAAACCUGCAAUGAUAUAUUUGGCAUACUUGCGCGUUUCAUAUAUUUACAAGAAAUAUCGACAAUAUUGUAUAUAUCAUUACUGGCUUUUGGUGUGUAGGAUAAUAACUAUGGUGGUGUUGUUGUCGUCGGAAUUAGCAUUGUAUCUGGAGUGCAAGGAAAUCAAUAAUGAGUCAUCAACAAAAUGCCAAAAGUUGAACGUUUUUUGGAAAAUAGUUGCGAUAUUUGAUUCAUUAUGGCAAAUUUACUAUAUAGUAUCUGAAACAAUAUUUUUCUAUCAUCUAAUGACACAACUGAAAAAUAUAAACAAAGAUGCGAAUACGAAAAUUAUUCGAUACACGCAUUUUCAGACAAUCUUAUUUUUUAUUGACAUUCUUCAACUGAUUGCAAUCGGCAUAUACAAAUGCAAAUUUCUUCUCAAGGCAUCGUUUCCUUCAUUUUUUUAUUUUGAGAUUCUGAGUUGCGCGUUCACCGUUUACAACAUAUCACAGUUUGGCAUCAGAAUCCCGAGAUCAUUUCGUGAUUCACCGUAUAAGGAUGGGGAAGUUUCACCGGUACCAGUCAAAUAUCAAGAUUCACCGAAAUAUGAUAUUUAUCUGUCUCAUUUGAAUGAUAAUCAACUGGACACAGAAACAGACUCAUUUGUUUAUAAUUCCAUGGGUAACACUCACGGUCCAUUAGACGAACAACAUCAUUCCAACUUUUCGGAGGGAAAUAAUUCAAAUAAUUCUGAUUCAUUAGCUAUUCAAACACCUUCGAGGGCAAAGACAAAAGACGAUCGGGAUGAUAAAAAUUGCAUUGAAUUUGCGUAUUGCUAUACUGACGAUGAUGAAAACAUUAAUCUAACAUCCGCAUCCAGAUCAAAUAUCUAA